CCGAGCUCGGCCAACGCGUCGUUGAACACGACCAACUGCCACGUGGACGGGUUCACCUUCCCGCUGAUGGAAAAGUCCGAGAUUGAGCGGUUGGAGGAGGCUGUACGGGAGAAUCCUUACAUCCGGGAUCAAUACGUUGAGUUCCUGCACCACAAGAAGCCGAGAAACAUGACGCUGGUGCAGUUCCUACCGAUGGUAUUCGCCGAUGAAGCGCUCAUCUCGUACAAUCUACACGGUUCUCAUGCUUCCGGCAAGUCAAAGGUCUCCAUGAAGGGAUACUUCAUAUUUUCUUCGUGUAUCUUAGAGGCAUUCGACAGCGAAGGUCUGGAGAUGAACGAACUGUGCAACCAGUUGGCCAUCGCGAUCAAGCAAAGCCGUAACCGGAUGCGUCAACGAACGUUCAGAGCGAAGAAAUCGAUCCAAAAGUUGUCUACGAAGGAUCAAGCAACUCAAUAGCACAUACAUUUCCAAUAAAGUGACCCUGUAGAAAUUAACCAAA